AUGUACAUCGUCGCCAUUCAAUUCCAUGGCAAAAUCGAUCUGUACAAACCAGAACCAGGUUUGGACAACGAUACAGGCGGGCAAAUCAUCUAUGUUUUACAAGCGUGUGAAGAAUUGGCUCGACAAAAUCAUCAAGUAACAAUUGUCACUCGUUUACUAGACGAAAGCAAUCAGUACAGUGUCAAAGCACAGGAGCGAAACAAUGUGAAAUUAGUUCGGUUGGAGAUGCAAUCGAAUAAAUAUCGAAGAAAAGAAGAUUUAUGGCCUUAUGUUUGGGAAUUUACGGAUUCAUGUGUGAAUUACUUCAUUGAAAAUAACAAGUAUCCUGAUCUGAUUAUCGGAAACUACGCCGAUGCUGGUGCUGUUGCUUUGCUGCUCAAUCGAAUGUUGAAGAUUCCAUUUAUUUUCAUUCCACAUUCUUUGGGAAGAACGAAACUGAGAAAUUUAUUGCGGAAUAUCGAUUCAAAUGGUGAUGAGCUCGAAAAACAAUACCAUUUCUCAACGCGUAUCUAUUACGAAGAACAAUUGUUUCGUUAUGCAACUAGCGUCGUUGUCAGCAGCGAACACGAGAAAUUCAAUCAGUGUACGAUGUACAAAAACUUCUCUUCGAACAAAAUUAACGUCGUAGCACCAGGCAUUGAAGUUCCAUCGAUCAUCGUUCGGUCGUCGAUUCAAACCAAACGCAAACCGAUUAUUCUGGUCGCGCGACUGUCUCACACGAAAAAUUUAGUCGCUCCCAUCGAUGUCUUAGCGCAGUCGGAAUGGUUACGUGCGAAUACGGAAAUCAUCCUCGCCACAACCAACGGCAAAGUAACAGACGAAUCGAGAAGUAUCCGCGUAGCAAUUGAAGAACGAUGUGCGAUGUAUCCUGACUUCGUUCGUUUCUAUCAAUUUGAUUCUCAAGAAGAAAUUUUUCAAUUGUUCAUAUCGGCAAGAGAAGCUGGAGGAAUCUACUUUAAUCCAUCAUUGAUCGAACCAUUCGGUUUAACCACACUCGAAGCUGCUUCAUACGGCUUACCUGUCGUUCUUACGGACAACGGUGGUACAACAGAUAUUAUUCACAACGUUAACAUUGGUUAUUUAGUCAACGUUUACAACGAAAAUGAUAUGAUACAGAAGAUUUCGUCGAUUCUCAAUGACGACAAUACAGAAGUAUGGAAUUUGUUUUCUAAUAAUGGACUUCAUAAUGUUCUUAAUUAUUACUCAUGGUACCGUUGGGUGAAGAAUAUCGAAUCGAUUUGUACAUCUGAUCAACCGCCUGUCGAACGAUAUGUGUUACCCAAGACGUUGUCAAAUGAUGCGAUGGUGAUCAUUAUUGAAUUCGAUGGUAAUUUGGCGACGAGGGAUCCGAUACCUUUGUGUUCAUUCAAAACAUUCAUUGAACAGUAUACCGUAAAUCUUUGUUUGGUAUAUUCUACUGACAUGGGCCUGGAAGAAAGUUUGCAGAUCGUCCAAGAAUCAGCUUUGCCGUGUCCGAACGUGUUUAUUUGUUAUUCUGGUGAUGAAAUCUAUUCGUACAAUUCUUCGGAAAAGAAAUAUAUGAUUAUGAAGAAAUGGAAAAGUCUCAUCAAACAGAACUCGACGCAUUUCUUCGACAUCACCAAUCAAAGUCAAUUUACUCAAUGCACCGAUAAGAAUAGUUCAAAAUGCAUCACCUACGAUGAUUAUUCAGAUUAUGAUAGUAAUUUAAAGCUGUUCCCAGUUCCGGCCGAUGUUACGAAAAGAUUAGUAAUUCGUUGGUUGUUAAGUUGUUUAUCCAUUCCAUUGAAUCGUUGUAUUAUAUGUUGUGAUUUGAACAACGGUAUGAAUGCUUCGUGUGGUGCGAUUAAACAUGUGAUGGUGAAUAACAACGAUCUUCCAACGGACAAAUUAGAUGCUUUUGAUGGUGUUUACUUCUGCAAACAGAAAUUUGCGGCUGGCCUGAUCGAAGGAAUUAAAUUUUUUUUGUAA